CAUCGCAACUGAAUAAACACUCGAUCAUGUAUAUAAACGUUAUUGAAUGCGUUACGCUGAACCAUUUAAAGUCUCUCAAAACGAGGUUUCCGUACGAUAUGGUCAUGAUGGUACAAUUCAUGUCGAUUCUGGUUUUCCUGGCUAUUAGUGGUGUUAAUAGCGAAGCAUCACAAAACGACGGAGAUGUUGAUAUCAUUAAGCAUCCAUAUAUGGUAUCAAUUAGAAUGAAAAAUGAACAUAUAUGCAGUGGUGUUAUAUAUAAUACGACUUGUGUCUUCACGUCAGAUCGAUGUGUUCCAUCUUUUAAGCAUGCUUGGAAUGUCAUGAAUAAUAUGGCAAUAGUUGCGGGAACAAGCACUACUAAAUUUGGUGGUCAACAUAUUUAUGUCAAAGAAACGUUCUCUCAAAAUCAUUAUAUAGAUCCAACUAAGAAUCCCGUUACGAGUGGUGUUGGUGUGAUUAACCUUCCAGAACUAAUUAAAAUCGGAGAUUCACAACCAAUUGAAUUGUCUCCGACUGAAGUGCCAGUAGGCGAAAAAGUGCAAAUGAUUGGAUGGAUGAUAAAGAAUAGUCAAGGGAACACGACCUCGAAUCUUAAGGAAGUUACAUUAAGAGUAAUAGAUCAUCAGGAAUGUCAGCAAUUCUACGAAAAGAAUAUCCAGAGUUAUGAGUUUUGCACAUUGCCAGAAUCCCCAGGUAACUUUUGUGAGGGUGACCAUGGCAGCGCUCUAAUCUAUAAAGGCAAACUUGUUGGUUUGAGUACUUAUGGAAUUUCGUGCGAAAAUCCUUUGAUACCGGACAUCCAUACCAAUGUAAAUAAAAUGCGUGAAUAUCUUAAGGAGAUCUCAUAAAAAUGUACUCAAUUCUUAUACCACUUUGCAAUUCUUAAUUAAUUUGUAUCUUUAAUAAGAAGCUUAUGUAUACAAAGAUGAUUAAUGUUUGUAAACAAAGUAAAAAAAUGCUAAAUUGUAUUACAGAAGUAUAUAAAACAA